AUGACUGGAACUUCCCAAUCUCAGGAGCAAAACAAUGUCGAGAGGAUUGAUUCUGCAGCUGAUGAGACGGUUUCUGAGGUUAUUAAGACAAAGGAUAGUCUACAAGACUGUGAAAUUGGCCGGCCCAAUCAUAGUAUUCCAAUGCCAAAAGUCAUAACGGACUUUCAGAUUUGCAAGCAGAAUAUUUCAACAGGUUUAAGAUCUGACAUAGUCAGGGAUAACUCUUUAUCUGAUGUGCUUGAUGCUACAGUGGUGCCUAAAUCUUUAGGUAGCACUGUACCUAGUGAUGCUGAAAAUGCAAUUCACUCCUCAGCAGAUAUAGUUUUUUCUCCAGAGAAUUUGGUUGACGUGACUGUUUCUGCAGUUAGGAAGAAGAGUGUUAGUGAAAAUAAAUCAAUAAGUGUUACGUUGCAUACAAUGUGGACAAGUUCUAUGAGGAAUUCAGCUGGUCAGGUUCCAUAUAAUGGUAAAAGGGUGCAUGGUGGUCAUAAAGAUGUUGAACAUGGUAGAAAGAAAAGUUUGGAUCAAAGCCUGGAAACCUUCGCGGCUUCUCACAAUGAGAAAAGGGUUACAGAAACUGCAGCCUCCAAUAUGAUAUGGAGAAGUCCUUCCAAGAAUAAAGGUCAUUCAGAAGGCAAGCCUGAGUCAAUAAGGCAACUUGAGCUGGGUGUCUCUGGAUCAGAUUUUGGCUGUCUGUCUUCCUUAACACAUAGGCUACCUGGUGAAGCUUCUAGGAAACUACAAAAGGAUAUUGGAAAUGUAUGUACUGUAGUUGGAAAUGGAAACCCUCAACAAGGCAAAAGAAAGAUAUUGGAUCAACCCCCUACAGCAGGUUCUGACGUGGGUAUGAAGACAAUGAAUGGCCCCCAACAAGUGCAAGGGUUAGGAAACAUAACUAUGAAGACAAUGAAUGGUCAAAAAGAUGAUGUAAUUACCAGUACGAAGAGCAAUACUUUAGUUUCAGAUGGAGUUUUGAAUAUGUUCAAUGAAACAAAUGAUAAAACAGGUAAUGAAUUUUACAUCAGUGGCUUGCUUGGGUGCCUUGAGGAUAUGGCUACAGAAUCAUCAACGAUUACGUCUCAGAAUUGUACCAGUCCCAACAAUACUGAUCUCAGAAAAAAGGUAGGUUCUGUCAAAAAGGUUCGAAGCAGCACAAAUGUGCGAGAGAAUGAUGCUAAAAGAAAAGAAAGUUCGCUGAGAGUUCAUGCCAUAGGCAAGGAAACUAGUCAGGAAGACUUAAGGAUCCCAGGUACUUCCUGCCAAAAAAAAGUAUCUACAGAAAGCAAAGUGAUGGUUAGAUUUUUGCACAAAUUUGUACAGGAGAGUUCUAUUUAUAAAGCCUUUGACGAUUGUGGGUGUAUCACGAGGAUACAACUACUUCCCCUAAUUGAAGGAAGCAUUUUUAGAGCUGGUUACGUGCAUUUUAAGACUGCGGAAGGAUCACAUAAAGCUCUCAGGAAAAGCGGAAUUGUUUCAGAGGGUCAUACUGUGGUUGUGGAUGCAAAUUCUUUAGAAGAUGUGCCUAAUAAGAUUGCCAUUCCCAACCUGAUUGGCGAUCCUGAAGUUCCUCUCAUGUUAGUAAAAAGUCCGACACGAACAGUUAUGAUCAAACAGUUAACCCAUGAUAUAAGCUUACAUCAGCUAAAAGAAGCUCUUGCUUUCUGUGGGAGUGGCAUAUCCAGCGUUUUCUUGGGUUCAUCAAGCUCUGUUGCUUAUGUGGAAUUUGAGACAGAAGAUGCCAAAGAGAGAGCAAUUGCAGCAUAUUCCAUAAAUGUUCAAGAAAAGCAGCUAUUGAUCUUGAGAAUUGAUGUGCCAAGAACAACAGUGAUAAGGAUGACAAGUGUUGAUGAUGCACUAUUUUCUAAUACAAAGGUGCUCAGUGAUAUCGUGUCUGUUUGUUCUUCUUCUGGGGGGGUGGGAAAAGUUAAGCUGAGAAAUAUGGGCAUGCUGGAUGUGUAUUUCAACCUUGAUCAUUGGCCAAAGAUGUUGAGUAUUCUCAACAGGUUAAAUGGAAUGGAAGUACAUGGCCACCGAGUGAUUGCUCAACCUGCAACUGUUUUUCCUCCGGCGGUCCUUCAAGUUCUUUGGAGUAAGCCAGAUGAAAGAAUUCAUGUCAAAUCUGUUUUGCGCAGAUUGUUGCAGAACACUGAUCUACCUGUUGAACUCAGUAACCUUGCUACGAAAUAUCAUGGUGAUAAAUAUUUUGAAUGA